AUGGCGAGAAAGAGUAGAGGUCGCCAAAAGGUGGAGAUGGUGAAAAUGUCGAAGGAAAGCAAUCUCCAAGUUACCUUUUCAAAACGCAGGUCCGGGCUUUUCAAAAAGGCUAGCGAGCUUUCCACUCUUUGUGGCGCCGAGAUUGCUAUCAUCGUCUUUUCUCCGGGAAACAGGGUUUUUUCCUUUGGCCACCCUGGUGUUGAGACUGUCAUUGAUCGAUACUUCACUAGAAGCCCUCCUCAAAACUCAGGUACCAUGCAACUUAUUGAAGCUCAUCGCAAUGCAACCGUCCGUGAACUGAAUAUGCAGCUCACCCAGGUGGUAAACCAAUUUGAGAUGGAGAAAAAGCGAGGAGAAGAGCUCAGCCAAAUAAGGAAGGCUGGCCAAAGUCAAUGCUGGUGGGAGGCUCCCAUCGAGGAACUUACAUUGCCUCAAAUUGAGCAGUUGAAGGUAUCUCUAGAGGGCCUAAAGAUGAAUGUGACGAAGCAAGCUCAAAAACUUCUAAUCGAAAAUCCAGGUCCUCCACAAUUUUUUGCUUCAAGUUCCAGCGGGGGGAUUUUCCCUUAUGAUCGAAAAGUAGGUGGUUUCAAUCCAAAUAUGGUGUUGCCACAGUAUGAUUACAACAAUCCUGGAUAUAGACGUGGAUUCUUUUGA